UGGGAAGUAUCUCGGCCGCUUCCCUUUCUCUUCAUAAACCGGACAUCGCCAUCACGCAAAGCAGCACAAGAAGAAGCGAGAGAUGGCGGCUGCGGAAGCGGGACACUGGGAGCACCCGUACGUGCCGAAGGAUCUGAAGCUGCCGGACUAUGUCCCCUGCUUCCUCUCCCAGAAGGACAUCCUCGUCCCCUACCUCGGCACCUCCUUCCUCCUCGUCUCCCUCAUCUGGCUCUUCUCCGGACGAUCAAAGUUGUCUAAGACUGAUAGGUUGCUUAUGUGCUGGUGGGCAUUCACGGGGCUGACACAUAUUAUACUUGAGGGAUACUUCGCUUUCUCUCCUGAUUUUUACAAGGAGAAAACUCCACAUUUUCUAGCUGAAGUCUGGAAGGAAUAUAGCAAAGGUGACUCCAGAUAUGCUGGAAGAGAUGCAGGUAUUGUCACUGUUGAAGGUAUCACUGCUGUUCUAGAGGGUCCAGCCAGCCUUCUUGCAGUGUACGCAAUUGCCACUAGGAAACCCUACAGUUAUAUUCUUCAGUUUGCAGUUUGUCUUGGCCAGCUCUAUGGUUGCCUGCUUUACUUCAUAACUGCUUUCCUGGAGGGUGACAACUUUGCAACAAGCCCUUACUAUUAUUGGGCAUACUAUGUCGGAGCAAACAGCUCAUGGGUUGUCAUCCCCUUGCUGAUUGCGAUCAGGUGCUGGAAGAAGAUAACUGCAGCACUUCAAGCAGAGAAAAAGAUGAAAACUAGAUGAACUUGAACUCACUGUCAUUCUCGUGAAUCCAAAAACCUCCUAAUAAAUGGUGAUUUGACUUGAUGUUUUCUGCGGAACACUUUUUUAGAUUUGACUAGUUGUCUUAAAUUAUUUUCUGACCGGAAUUAAUUUUGUCAUGCACUUGCAAUAUGUUGGACGACAUGUUUGAUUUAGACUCGAUUUUCUCCUA